UCUCACGUUGUUGUCAGAUCGUGUAAACGUGUUUUUCCCAGCUGCAGGUGUUACAUCAAAUAACAGAAUCUCAGCAAUGGAGGCUGUACAUGUGAUGGGUGUUACAAUGAUCAAACAGCUGCAAUACUGCUUCAAGAACCAGAGUGAGUUUAUGCUGUUCCUCUCUCACGUCGGCGAUCCUCACAAUGCGUUCCUGUUCUACUUCCCCUUGGCCUUUUUCCUCCAUCAGUCUGUGGGCAAGAGAGUCGUGUGGGUAGCAGCCAUUGCAGAGUGGUUGAAUGCAGUCUUCAAACUAAUUCUCCAUGGCGAACGCCCAUAUUGGUGGGUCCAAGAAUCCACUGCCUACACCAACGCCACCAGGCCUCACCUGCAGCAGUUCAGACUGACAUGUGAAACAGGACCAGGCAGCCCAUCUGGUCAUGCGAUGGUGACAUCAGCGGUUCUCUACAUUCUUGUGUCAGACUACCUCUUUUACGGCAAAGUUAAAAGUAUAUUGAUGCGUGUAUUUUCGUGGACGAUGUUUUGUGUUGUGAUGCUGGCUGUCAACCUGUCCCGAUGUUACAUCGCAACACACUUCCCUCACCAGGUGGUGGCAGGAGUCACUGUAGGUGUUAUGAUUGGUCAGAUCUUCAACAGCUUCUUUACAAUGACCUUGACCUUCAAGCAUCACCUAGGUGCAGCAGUGCUGUUUAUGACCACAAGCCUGAUGGCGUUUGGAGUGAUCCAGGCCAUAGGGAUGGAUCCCAUGUGGUCGGUCAGCAAGGCCCAGCAGUGGUGUGCCCAGAGCAAGUGGGUGUAUCUGGAUACCACACUCUUCUACAGCGUCACCAGGGAUGCAUCAAGCAUGUUUGGUCUUGGCAUCAGCCUGUUCCUCCUGCCACAGGUCAACAACAGUGGUCACUCCAUGGCGAACCGUGUAGUCCAUAUCUCUAUCUCCUUGAUAGUAUGGUUCAUUGACUCGUGUAAACUUCCUCAUUUUCCCAUCAUCCUCUUCUAUCUGUUGGCUUUCUGCAAGUUUGUACUACUCUUUGUAUUCAUUGUUAACAUUGUACCAAGAAUUAAUUUCUUUUCUAAUAAUAACAAAGAUGAGAAGAAAAUAGAGCUGACUAGAUGCCUGUACUUGCCCAGAUAUAUGAUGUCUUAGAUGUUGGUCAAUAUUGUCAUGAUUUUAUCUUUAUGUAUCACUUUUUAGCUCUACUUUCACAUUAAGCAAUAAACUCCUGUCACGCUCACUCACUCACAGGGCGUAGCUACCAUCAGAGCUCCAGAUAAGAUU